AUGGUGAAUUUAUUCUCCUCAUUUUUCAUUGCAGUAGGUUGUUUUGCCAUUCGUGGUCUGGCAUCAGUCGACAGCUAUGUUGCCACUGAAGAUCCAAUCGCACUACAAGGCGUCUUGAACAACAUCGGCCCUAGUGGUGCGGAAGACCAAGGAGCUGCCUCGGGCAUAAUCAUCGCCAGUCCAUCCACUAACAAUCCUAACUAUGUCUACACCUGGACCCGAGACUCGGCGUUGACGAUCAAGGCUUUGACCGACUACCUUAUUGCCAAUGGAGACACCAGCCUUGUGGCGGUGAUUGAGCAAUAUAUCUCGGCUCAAGCAAAACUUCAAACGAUUUCCAACCCCUCAGGCGGUCUAUCGACUGGAGGUCUAGGAGAGCCAAAAUUUAACAUUGAUGAGAGUGCCUUCACUGGAUCAUGGGGUCGGCCCCAGCGUGAUGGUCCUGCGCUCCGGGCCACAGCCCUCAUUGCCUUUUCGAGGUAUUUGAUCAGUAAAGGGCAGACCUCGACAGUACAAGACAUUGUUUGGCCAAUAAUCCAAAACGACUUGUCAUAUGUCACACAAUACUGGAACCAGACUGGCUUUGACCUAUGGGAAGAAGUUUCAGGCUCCUCUUUCUUUACACUCAAUGCUCAACAUCGUGCUCUGGUGGAAGGCAGCACCCUUGCGAGCCAGAUUGGAAAGUCUUGUUCAUAUUGCGACUCUCAAGCACCGGAAAUUUUGUGCUUCCUUCAAAACUUUUGGAACGGCCAAUACAUUACCGCAAAUAUCAAUACAAAUGACGGGAGAUCAGGCAAAGAUGCAAAUUCUAUCCUCGGAGUGAUUCAAACUUUUGAUCCGGCAGCAGCCUGCGAUGACACCACUUUCCAGCCUUGCUCUGCGCGAGCUUUGUCGAAUCACAAGGUUUUGACUGACUCGUUCCGAUCCAUCUAUUCGAUCAAUUCAGGCAUCCCGCAAGGAUCUGCGGUUGCGGUCGGCAGGUACCCGGAAGACUCAUACUACAAUGGUAACCCUUGGUAUCUCAACACGCUCGCAGCAGCGGAGCAGCUCUACGAUGCUCUCUACCAAUGGAGUAAAAUCAAUUCUAUUACAGUAAACAAUGUCAACUUGGCAUUUUUCAACGACCUGGUUCCUUCAAUCAGCACGGGAACAUACGCUGCUGGCUCAUCGACUUAUGCUGCUAUCACGUCGGCGGUCAAAGCUUAUGCGGAUGGCUACGUAGCCGUGGUACAGAAAUAUACUCCUUCCAAUGGGAAGCUGUACGAGCAAUUUUCCAAGAGUGACGGGACGCCGCUGUCUGCAAUUGACUUGACCUGGUCUUAUGCUUCUUUUCUCACCAUGGCGGCGGCCAGAGCGGGCCAAGUCCCCGCCUCUUGGGGUGAAGCUUCAGCUCAUACUGCUCCGUCUGCAUGCGUCGCUAGCUCGGCAGUUGGUGUGUAUAGCACACCGACAGACACCGUCUUCCCAAGUAGUAGUCCGACCUGUUCCCCUAUUGCCAGCACUGUUGCAGUCACCUUCAACGAGUAUGCUAUAACCACUUAUGGUGAUACCAUUAACAUUGUCGGCUCCAUAUCGCAGCUUGGCAAUUGGAACACCAACAAUGCCGUGCCACUAAAUGCUAAUAACUACCCCACUUGGAGCGUCACCGUCAAUUUGCCGGCUGGUACUAGCUUUCAGUACAAAUUUAUCAACAAGGGCGCCUCGGGGAGUAUUACUUGGGAAAGCGAUCCUAAUCGAUUCUACACUGUUCCUACGGGUUGUUCCACCACUGCAACGGAGAAUGACAGUUGGAGAUAG